AUGGGUAAUCUAGCCCCGUCCAGCGACAGCUCGUCGAAUGAAAUGGUCACCUCCACUAGCCAUACUCAUCAGGCCGAGGAUUCUCACGGAAAGAAGCUCGAGACCGAUGUGCACGAGGAUAGCGAGGCCCAAAGAGAGCAAGAGAUACUCAAUCUUGCUCGCAAGUUCACGACCAGGUCGAUCGAUUCGCAUCACCAACCACUCUUCGGACCAAACCCCGGAAAGAAGGUCGACCCCCAGAGUCCCGAUUUUAGCGCCAAAUCUUGGGCAAAGGCUUUCUACAAUGUACGAUACAAGGCAGAGGGCAACUCUGAGCCACGGCUCUCUGGGUUUGCCUUCAAGGGUCUUCAGGUGUAUGGAUACGGCAGCGCUACCGAUUACCAAAUGAGCGUCGGUAAUGCCUUGCUCAAACUUCCGUCCAUGGCUCUCCGUGUAUUCAGUGGAAAGCAUCGACAGAAGGUCGACAUUCUUCAAGACUUUGACGGACUGGUUCUACCGGGCGAGCAGCUAUGUGCUCUCGGUCCUCCUGGUUCGGGCUGCUCGACACUAUUAAAGACGAUUGCCGGCGACACUCAUGGUUUCGAAGUUCAUCCGGAUUCAUACAUCAAUUACCACGGUAUCACUUCCCGACAAAUGACGACCGCAUUUCGAGGCGAGGCCAUCUACACCGCAGAGGUUGACAUCCAUUUUCCUAUGCUUUCGGUGGGCGACACCCUUUACUUCGCUGCUCUUGCUCGUGCACCCUACCAGAUUCCCGCCGGCAUCGGCCGUGACGAAUAUGCGACUCAUCUGCGGGACGUGAUCAUGGCCAUGUUCGGCAUCGGUCACACCAUUAACACACGGGUGGGCAAUGAUUUUGUCCGUGGAGUCAGUGGGGGUGAGAGGAAGCGAGUGACAAUUGCUGAGGCUGCGCUGAGCUAUGCCCCGUUGCAAUGCUGGGACAACAGCACCCGGGGUCUCGAUAGUGCCAAUGCUGUUGAAUUCUGCAAGACCUUGCGCACUCAAAGCGAUGUUUUCGGAACGACUUCAUGCAUUGCGAUUUAUCAGGCGCCCCAGGCCGCCUAUGAGUUGUUUGAUAAAGUGACUGUGUUGUACGAAGGACGGCAAAUCUACUUCGGCAAGGCAGGCGAUGCAAACGCUUAUUUUGAACGACUCGGAUUUCACUGUCCUGAAUCUCAAACUACGGCUGAUUACCUCACGUCGAUGACGAGUCCUGUUGAACGAGUGAUCAAGCCUGGGUUCGAACACUUAGUGCCUCGAACCGCCGAUGAGUUUGCUCAAAGAUGGAAAGAUAGCCCCGAGCGCCAGGAUCUCUUGCGCCAAAUCGACCAGUACGCAAAGGAUCACCCGUUUGAAGGAGCCGACUUUGAGAAGUUCGAUCAGUCUCGAAAGAUGGAAAAGUCAUCCAAGCAACGCCAAAAGUCACCAUACACCCUCUCCUACUGGCGUCAAAUCCAGCUGUGCAUGUGGCGAGGAGUACAGCAGCUGAAAAAUGACCCGAGCGUCACUCUCGCCAUGUUAAUCGGAAAUUUCUUCGAAGCUCUAAUCAUCGCCAGUAUUUUCUAUGGUCUUGCAAACGAUACAUCCUCUUUCUUUGCCCGAGGUGCUCUAUUGUUCCUUAUGGUCGUGUUGAAUGCGUUCUCGAGUUUACUUGAAAUUCUCUCGCUCUAUGCCAAAAGACAGAUUGUGGAAAAACAUAAUCGCUAUGCACUAUAUCAUCCUAGUGCCGAAGCGAUCUCGUCCUUGAUCGUUGACAUGCCCUACAAGAUCACCAAUACCUUGAUCGUGAAUACGACUUUGUAUUUUAUGGGUAAUCUUCGCCGUGAACCUGGACCAUUCUUCUUCUACCUUUUGAUCUCGUUCUUCACGAUGAUGUCUAUGUCGAUGUUUUUCCGUCUUUUUGCCUCGAUCACUAAAACAAUUGCUCAAGCUCUCGCGCCAUCCGGUAUUAUCAUGCUAGGUCUUGUUUUGUAUACCGGGUUCGCGUUGCCGGUCGCUUACAUGCGUGGUUGGGCGCAUUGGAUCCGCUAUAUCAACCCUAUUUCUUACGGAUUCGAGGCUAUUAUGGUCAACGAGUUCCAUGGACGCGAAUUCCCGUGCGUCGCAUUCGUACCGUCUGGUCCGGGGUAUGAGGAUAUCUCUCUAGACCAACGCGCGUGCGCUACGGCGGGCUCCGUUCCCGGCUUCGAUACAGUCAGUGGCUCGGCAUUUGUUCAGAGCUCCUACCAAUAUCUGAAUAGUCACCGCUGGCGUAACUUCGGGAUCAUUGCUGCCUUCACUAUCUUCCUCGCUUUUUGCCACCUGGUCCUGUCUGAGUUGGUAGCCUCCGAGCGCUCCAAAGGAGAAGUCCUUGUCUUCCGUCGUGGAAGGGCACACAAAUCCAAGGCGAAACAGUCGCAGUCGGACGAAGAGCAGUCUGGCUCUCCUGAGCUUCAUGAGAAACACGAUAGCGGUCUUGAAUCAGAUGCCGACGUGGAGAAGCAAGUGUCGAUUUUUCAUUGGGAAAAUGUCUGCUAUGACAUCAAAAUCAAGGGCGAACCUCGGCGAAUCUUGGACAAUGUGGACGGGUGGAUCAAGCCUGGCACUUUGACAGCACUCAUGGGUGUUUCUGGGGCUGGUAAAACUACUCUUCUUGACGUCCUCGCCAGUCGCACAACGGUCGGGGUGAUCUCGGGCGACAUGUUGGUAGAUGGUCGACAACGCGAUGAAUCGUUCCAGCGCAAGACGGGCUACGUGCAGCAACAAGAUUUGCAUCUCCACACAUCAACUGUUCGUGAGGCGCUUGAAUUCAGUGCUCUUCUUCGUCAACCGAGCCACUUCACCCGACAAGAGAAGUUAGACUAUGUCGACAAAGUCAUCAGCCUCCUCAAUAUGGACGAAUAUGCCGACGCCAUAGUAGGAGUUCCCGGUGAAGGGCUCAACGUGGAGCAGCGAAAGCGCUUGACCAUCGGCGUCGAGCUCGCAGCACGCCCUAAACUGCUUCUGUUCCUGGAUGAGCCCACCUCCGGUUUAGACAGUCAAACCUCCUGGUCCAUUUGUAAUCUCAUGGAAAAGCUCACUCGCAACGGUCAAGCCAUCCUUUGCACCAUCCAUCAGCCGUCUGCAAUGCUCUUCCAGCGCUUCGAUCGAUUGCUUCUUCUCGCCAAAGGCGGCAAGACGGUUUAUUUCGGCGAAAUCGGCAAAGACUCGGAAAUAUUGGAAAAUUAUUUUGUGCGCAAUGGUGGUCCGGUCUGCCCACCUGGAGCUAACCCGGCAGAACACAUGCUCGAAGUGAUCGGUGCUGCACCUGGAUCCCAUACAGACAUCGACUGGCCUGUCGCUUGGCAAAAUAGCAAGGAGCGCCAGGAAGUUCGUGCAGAGCUUGGUCGCCUACGUGAGCUGGCCAAUUCUCCUUCCGCGGUCUCUGAUCCAAACGACAAAUCCAGCUAUGAGGAAUUCGCAGCACCUUGGACGACGCAGAUGUACCAGGUUGGGCUGCGCGUCUUUCAGCAAUAUUGGCGCACCCCUUCUUACAUUUACUCUAAGGCCCUGCUUACUAUUGGUUCUUCUAUAUUCAUCGGUUUCUCUUUUUUCAAAAGCGAAAACACCACCCAAGGCAUGCAGAAUCAGAUGUUCGGCAUCCUGAUCUUCUUCUUCGUCGUCAUCCAAUUAAUGUUCCAAAUCAUCCCGGUCUUCGUCGUGCAACGAACCCUCUACGAGGCACGCGAACGGCAAUCCAAAACCUACGCAUGGCAAGCCUUUGUUCUUUCGAACAUCGCCGUCGAAUUUGCCUGGAAUACACUCAUGGCUAUCUUCUGCUUCCUCGUCUGGUUCUAUCCCAUGGGUCUCUACCAGAAUGCACAAUACACCCACACCAUGCACUCCCGCAGCACACUCGCUUUCCUCAUCGUUUGGGUCCUCUUCCUCUUCGCCAGCUCUUUCGCCCAGAUGCUCAUUGCCGGAUUGCCUAGCGACGAAUUGGCCACCGCCCUCGCUAAUAUCCUCGCCAUCAUGCUCUACGCCUUCUGCGGCAUCCUCGCAGGCCCUGACGCCCUCCCUGGUUUUUGGAUCUUCAUGUACCGCGUCAAUCCCUUCACAUACGUCACGUCAGGCCUCCUGUCCACCAGCCUCGGCAAUGCCCCCAUGCACUGUGCGGAUAACGAAGUGUUGCGGUUCUCUGCGCCGGAGAACCAGACCUGUGGACAGUACUUGGGUCCGUAUGUCAAGGCGGCGGGUGGCGAGGUUUUGCACCCAGAUGCGGGUGGGGAUGAGCAAUGUCAGUUUUGCAGUGUGACGUGGACGAAUGAUUUCUUGCGAGGCUGCGGCGGUGUUUUUGUAUUGGUUGUGUCGGGUGCCGAAGGGGAAGAAGACGAAGAAGACGGCGAAGGGGAAUUAGGAUUAGUGUGGAUCUUUGCCCUGUUUCGUCCCCACUCAACGGAGGUCUCGUUGCGUGGCUUCGUGCUCUUCUUUAACACAUGGGGUAUAUUGAACGCACCUGGAGUCUUUCAGAUGUACUAUGAACAAGAGACACUAUUCAAAGCAUCGUUUUCAACUAUCUCCUGGAUCGGUGUCAUCCAGCCCACUAUGCUGCUUAUAGUUGGCUUCGGACUUUUGAUCGAAAUCGGUGCCGGCUGUCUAUUCGUGUCUUGCGUUUCAAUUUCAACCACUUAUUUUACUGCCAAACUUGGUCUAGCACUCGAAAUUGCGGUCUCAAGCUCUUCCAUAUGUGGAAUAGUCUAUCCCAUUAUCCUUGAUCGACUUAUCGGACCUCUUGGCUUUGGUUGGGCUACUCGCAUCAUCGGGUUCAUUGCUCUCGGCGCACUCUUGACUCCCAUUGUCGUGAUGCGCCAGCGGUUGAUACUCCCUAAGGCUCGCAGCCUGAUUGACUGGAGUGCUUUUACGGACUUUUCCUAUAUGUAUUUUGUUUUCCCUUCGUUGGUCGCUUCCAUCGGUCUGUUUGUGUUACUUUUCUAUAUCUCUUGCUUUGCCGCCGCUGCCCGUAUCACUGACACGACAAUGGUGAUACAUGGUCCUUUAACCUCAUCGCUCGCCCUUUGCUGUCUCAUCGUUGGGCUCCUCAUCUUUUGUCUGAUGGCCGUGGCUUCGCAGGCUGGUUUGCCUGCCAUCGCAGCUCUAUUAGGCUUCUUUAGUGGUGCACUAAUAGGAUUGCCUCCAUUAUGUUUUGUGUCUUUGACUCGGGACAAGUCAAUGAUCGGCACCCGCAUCGGCAUGGGCUUCGGUAUGAUUGGAUUAGGUGUCCUGUGUGGUGGGCCCGCUGGAGGAGCUAUCAUUACUCUGUAA